GUUAUAUUCGCGAGGCCAGCUAUUCCCCUCUCUGCUCAUCCGCCGCCGGCCGCAGAUGGCGUCUUCGGCGUCCACCCUCGAGAUCGAGGCUGGCUACGUGGUGAAGAUGAUGCUUCAGUUCUGCAAGGAGAACUCGCUGCCCCAGACGUUCCGGACGCUGCAGAACGAGUACCAGGUACUGCACAACACGGGCGACAGCAUGGACACCUUCAUCGCCAACAUCAAUGCUGGCUGCUGGGGUGCCGUGCUGCUGCAGGUCGCCCAGCUCAACCUGCCACGCAUGAAGCUUGAGAACCUCUACGAGCAGAUUGUUCUGGAGAUGGUAGAGUUAGGUGAGCUCGACUCCGCCCGUGCUAUCCUUCACCAGACCCAGGUGAUGGGCGUCAUGAAACAGGAGGAACCUGAACGCUACCUGUCGUUGCCUAAUCGACGUUCCACCAAGUGCCUCCCACCCAACUCCUCAACCGUCUCCCCCCCAGGUUGA